AUGUCAGGUUUACCAGGUGGCGAUCCUGCGUCGAAGAAGCGGAGGAAAAAUGGCAAAGAAGCAAUUUCGAGGAAACGCCUGAGAGCCACUGGUCAGGAAGAUGCCGAGCCACAGAAGCUCCAGCAGCUAGAGGGCCAAAUCUCGGAGUCUCGCAAACACUACAACAAUAUUGUCACCUUACUAUCAAUGCUUGAUACUAGGCAUCCGAAUCUGCCCGUGGCCGUAUCGUUGUGUAGGGUAUUCUGCCGACUGCUGGCGGGAGGGCAUCUCCAAAAGGCAAAAGGCGCAACCGAACAGGAUUCCAUUCUGGCUGCAUGGCUGGGAGAGAGGUACCAAGAAUACAAGUCUGCAUUGAUAAGAAUUCUUGGUAAUCACAAUUCCGCAGAUGGAGUUGCAGCACUCACACUUUCCAUGCGACUCGUAAAAGAGCACUCCAUUCAUUAUCAUGGCACGAAAAACUAUGCCUGGGACCAUAGUUUCUUUAACGAGAUUAUUGAUACUCUUAUUGAAGAUGAGGCUGAGGGUACCAAUCAGACCCGCGAGGAGUUUUCGAACAAAUUUUUGAAGGAAUACCACGAUGUCGCCGUCUAUACCGUUCUUCGGCUUUUGGAGUAUACAUCAACACAACCCUCUUCAAGCAACCUGUCCCACAUUACGUACCUUCUCUCUGGCCUUGGAACCUCCCCUUCAGCGGAGCAGUCGCUUGAUAACGUAUACACAGAUAUAUCAAAAAUGAGUCAAAAGAAUAAAGCUCCCUUUGUAUCUGUUUCUUCUUAUAGAAAACGUGUCCAAUCUGCCUGGUUAGCUGUACUCUCAAACACCCUUGAUACCCCCCUUCGAAAACAGCUUCUGCAAAUGAUGCCCCGCGAGAUUGCCCCGUGGUUUUUAAAGCCAGAGCUUCUUAUGGAUUUCCUAACGGAUUCAUACAACCAAGGCGGCUCAAUCUCGCUUUUAGCCCUUUCGGGCCUCUUCUACCUCAUACAACAGAAAAAUCUUGACUACCCCCAAUUCUACCACAAGCUUUAUUCCCUCCUUAAUGCCGACCUGUUGCAUUCUAAAUACCGAUCACGCUUCUUCCGCCUCCUCGACACAUUCUUAGCAUCGACCCACCUUCCAGCAACACUGGUUGCUAGUUUUAUCAAACGCCUAUCCCGACUGACCCUCAAUGCCCCGCCGGCGGCUAUCGUGAUCAUCGUACCUUGGAUAUAUAACCUCCUUAGGAACCACCCGUUGUGCACAUUCAUGAUACAUCGCGCCAUUCGAGACCCGUCACUCAAAUCUGAAAUCGACGCUGAGGGUAUGGACGACCCAUUUGACCCCUUUGAAACGGAUCCCACCUUGACCGCUGCCAUUGAAAGCUCCCUUUGGGAGAUCGAGAUGCUGCAGUCGCAUUAUCACCCCAAUGUGGCCGCUGUGGCAAAAAUUAUAUCGGAGCAAUUCACAAAGCCAGUGUAUAACUUGGAGGACUUUCUGGAUCAUUCAUAUCAUGCCUUGUUGGACGCGGAUUUGGGUGUAGAGGAAAAACCGUUCAAAAAGACGCCCGUAGUAGAGUACCAAAUUCCCAAAAGAAUCUUUACCGAUCGCUUGUUAGUGGAAAAUAGUGAUGGAAAAGAUAUAGAAACCGGAACUCUUCUCAGACAGGUGUGGGACUUUAGUUAG